CCUGUUCUCCAAGGGACUGGUGCAGGCCAUAGCAAAGGCAUUCUGGGCAGCUGGGUGAAGGCAGAGAGGCCUUCCUGCUUUAUGUUCAGGUUUCUGGAAGUGUCUUCUUGCUCCUAUCUGCUUUCCUCUUCUGCAGACCUUCUGUUGUUCUUCCUAAGCGGGUAGCCACGGUGGGGAGCUGUGGCCUGUGGGCCCCACGGAGAUGUUCAGUGCUUGGGAUCGCCGGGACCGGCCCCCCGAGGAGGGGACAGCUGCAGGGCUUCAAGGCUUCGCUGUGGACAAGACCUUCCUCUCUUCCCUCAAAGGCAUCCUGCUGGAAACAGAGCUGGCCCUGACCUUCAUCAUUUUCAUCUGCUUCACGGCCUCCAUUUCUGCCUAUAUGGCUGCGGCACUGUUGGAGUUCUUCAUUACACUCGCCUUUCUCUUCCUCUAUGCCACCCAGUACUACCAGCGCUUCGAUCGGCUUAACUGGCCUUGCCUGGACUUCCUCCGCUGUGUUAGCGCCACCAUCAUCUUCCUGGUGGUCUCCUUUGCUGCUGUGACCUCCCGGGAGGGAGCUGCCAUUGCUGCUUUUGUGUUUGGCAUCAUCCUGGUUUCUGUCUUUAUCUAUGAUGCCUUCAAGAUAUAUCAGAAUGAAAUGGCACCCAGGGCCACCCAGGGGGACCAGCAGUGACUCUGAGGCUACUUGACUUCCAGGCCCAGUCAGACACAGGGGACCGCUAAGCCUAGACACAGUUCCUUGUCUUCAUGGACCACCCUGCCAACGGUCCCGCCCCCCAACGUCACUGAGGAUCAGCUGUGGAUCCUGCUGCUUUGGGGUCUGGCCCCUG